CCAGGCAUGAAAAGAUCAAUUUUGCAUUAACUCCUAACAUUUAAUGCAGUCACCUACACACCCUCUUUCUUUUGAACUGCACAUUGCUCUACAUUCAAUACCCUCUCUACCACCUCCACCACCCCAAAUUCAUCACAACCACAGCCUCCUAUGGGUUUUGUAUGAUUUCAUCUGGGUAAUGGUUAUCUUGGUUUUGUUUUGAGAUUAUCUGGAGUUGUAGUGUCGUUUUGACUUUCUGUUGGUCAACGGAAGAUGGGUUUUGUACUUUUGUUGGAUGUUUGUGAAGCAAGAUCUGACAAUCUUGGAUUUGGAAGUUUGUUUCGUGGGAAUUAAUGAUUGUUUUUGUUUGGAUUAUGUUUUUUGUCAAGUGAAUAUAUAAAUAAUGGGGAGUUUAAGGUUUUCUGUUGAGGAUUUGAGGCUACAAACACUAGUGUUUAUAAUGGUUGCAUUUGAUUUAAAUGGUGUAGUGAUUGGUCUUGGUUCAAUGUCUUCAAUUGCUAUAUCUUAUGGUGAAUAUGGUACUGCCUUUUGUGGUCUAAAAUCAGAUGGGUCUCAUCUUGUCACAUGUUACGGUUCGAAUUCGAAGAUCAUUGGUUCGACCCCUGCGCGAACGCAGUUUAGGGGUUUAACAGCUGGGAAUGGGUUUGUUUGUGGGCUUUUGAUGAAUAAUAGUCGGCCGUUUUGUUGGGGGAUAAGUGGUUUUAUAGCCAUGGGUGUCCCGAAACCCAUGGCUGAGUUCGCUGAGUUCGUUGAACUCAGCGCUGGAGACCAUCAUUUAUGUGGUCUCCGGAAACCCCUAAUGGGCAAGCAAAGAGACACUUCGCUUGUUGAUUGUUGGGGUUAUAAUAUGACCAAGAGUCACGUUUUCGACGGUCAAAUCCAGUCGGUUUCCGCUGGCUCCGAGUUUAACUGCGGGUUGUUUUCACAAAACCGCAGCACGUUUUGUUGGGGGGACGAGACUAGUAGUGGCGUGAUUACCGGUGUACCGAAGAACGCUAAGUUUCGGAAAAUAUCCGCUGGUGGUUAUCAUGUUUGUGGGAUAAUUGAAGGUAUCGACUCGAAUGUGUUGUGUUGGGGGGCGAGUUGGGAGUCCCAAGAGGAACUUGUGAUGGCAUUGGCUCGCCAGGGCCAAGUCAACGUUGACUUAGCCCCGCUCGAUCCAAUGCUUUCCGUAGUUGGAGGACGGUUUCAUGCUUGUGGUAUUAAAAGCUAUACUCAUGAGGUGGUUUGUUGGGGUUUUCGGGUCGAUACAAGCACACAGCCCCCAAAAGGGGUCCGGCUUUAUGAAAUCGCCUCAGGGGACUACUUUUCGUGUGGUGUCGUGGCUGAUAAAUCGCUUUCACCGGUUUGUUGGGGUGCCGGUUUUCCAACAUCGUUGCCACUAGCUGUUUCUCCAGGAGUAUGCCGAUCAAACACGUGUGACAACGGAUUUUACGAGUAUAACAAUGGAACCUCGCCAUGCAAGUCUGCAGGAUCACGGGUUUGUUUACCGUGCAGCAACGAAUGCCCGUCUCAAAUGUAUAAAAAAUCCGAAUGCACGAAAGACGCUGAUCGAGUUUGCGAGUAUAACUGCUCAAACUGCACCACGAUCGAGUGCUCUUCAAACUGUUCGUACACCGACAAGAAAACUGAAAGAUUUUGGUCGUUACAGCUGCCCGUGAUCGUCGGUGAGAUCAUUUUCGGGGUGCUGUUAGUGAUUGUCGUAUCAAUUACCGCUAUCUUUUACGUACGUUACAAGUUAAGAAACUGUAAAUGCACAGCGAAAGGCGUUAAAUACAUGAAGAACAACGCGUUCCAGAAAGACGGAGGAAAGAUUCAACCCGAUUUAGACGAAUUAAAGAUCCAACGAGCUCGAGUCUUCAGUUACAGCGAACUUGAGCGAGCAACAGGAGGGUUUACGGAAGAAUCACAAGUCGGAAAAGGUAGUUUUUCGUGUGUUUUCAAGGGGAUUUUAAAAGAUGGCGUUGUUGUUGCUGUGAAACGUGCGCUUCUUUCGCCCGAUAUGAAGAAAAACUCGAUGGAGUUUCAUAACGAACUCGAUUUGUUAUCGAGAUUGAAUCACGCGCAUUUACUUAAUCUACUUGGAUACUGUGAAGAAGGUGAACAACGGUUGCUUGUUUACGAGUUUAUGGCUAACGGGUCACUGCAUCAACACCUUCACGGACAGCCUAACUCGUUAAAAUCACAGUUAGAUUGGGUUAAACGUGUUACGAUAGCGGUUCAAGCUGCUAGAGGCAUCGAGUAUUUACACGGUUACGCGUGUCCGCCAGUGAUCCACCGCGACAUUAAGUCGUCGAACAUACUCAUAGACGAAGAACACAAUGCACGAGUAGCUGAUUUCGGACUAUCGUUAUUAGGUCCCGCGAAUAGCAGCUCGCCGUUAGCCGAGCUGCCAGCUGGAACCUUAGGGUAUCUAGAUCCCGAAUACUACCGACUACACUACCUCACGACUAAAUCGGAUGUAUACAGCUUCGGUGUUUUGCUUUUGGAAAUUCUCAGCGGCCGAAAAGCGAUAGAUAUGCAGUUCGAAGAAGGAAACAUUGUCGAAUGGGCAGUGCCGUUGAUUAAAUCAGGCGAGAUCCACACGAUUCUCGACCCUGUUUUACCUGCGCCGUCAGACAUGGAGGCGUUAAAAAAGAUCGCUAACGUAGCGUGUAAAUGCGUACGCAUGCGCGGUAAAGAGCGUCCGUCGAUGGACAAAGUAACGACCGCGUUAGAACGUGCGUUAGCAGUGUUAAUGGGAAGUCCGAGUAACGACCAACCGAUUUUACCAACAGAGGUUGUGUUAGGAAGCAGCCGAAUGCAUAAGAAGUCAUCGCAACGGUCAUCGAAUCGGUCUGAAAUGGAAGGCGAUGUGUCCGCGGAGACGGAGGAUCAACGGACGGAGUUUCGGGCUCCUUCGUGGAUCACGUUUCCGAGUGUAGCGUCGUCGCAGAGGCGGAAAUCGUCGGUUUCGGAAGCGGAUGUUGUGGAUCCUAAGGUUUCUGAGAACAGAACAGUUGGUGAUGGAUUGAGGAGGUUGGAAGAAGAGAUUGGGCCUGCUUCUCCUCAACAACAUAUGUUCUUGCAGCAUAACUUUUGAGUUGUUAAUUAAUUAAUGGAAGUGAAAUUACUACAGAUUGAUUUGUGAAAUCAUGGAUUGAAAGGUGUUUGUGGAAACUAAUUUUUUGUUAAUUUUAUUGCAUUUAGUAUGAAGCACAAA